GGAACUUUAAGACCGCCCUCCCCCUCUUCCCUCACUUCCGUCUCCUGUAUUAUACAUAAAAGGAAAAAACUCUCAAAGCAUUCCUGGCGAUUGGCAUAGCAAAUAAGAAACCCAUUCCCAACGGAAAACAAAGAAAAAUUCUUCAAUAAAGUUAAAAGAGAGAAAAGUUUUUUUUUUUUUUCUCUUUUCCUUUUUUUUAUUUUAUUUGAAGAUUGAGCUCGCUCUCUGUUUUGGAUGCGAUCAAUGGUGUAUUUUGGUGAGAAAGAGUUGACGAUGGGACCCGAGAGAUCAAAGCCUCUUCACAAUUUCAAGCUUCCUUGUUUGAAGUGGGGCAAUCAGAGGCAUCUCAGGUGUAUGAAACUUGAUAAUGCUUCCGUCGCCACCGACUCAUCCUCUGCCGCUGCUGUUAACCAUCAUCAUUAUCUUCGUCGUCACGUGUUUCAAAGACGCCGAUCUCCCCCGUUGAAAUUUGAGAGUUUGAUGGUUGAUGGAAUGCGGCGGCGGGAAUCGGAGUCGUCUCCCAGCAACAACAAGGACAGCGAUUAUGGAAGGGAAUUGAGGACAUCGAAAGGAGAGGCGGCGGAGGGCAUCGAGGCAGUUAGAGAGAAGAUCAUUAAGGAUCUUAAAAUGGCGGCGGAUAAGAUGAAAGAUGAGAUUUUUAGAGACGAAGUGUCUGAGGAUAAUGAGGUUGACGACGAUGAGGAUGGAUUUGAAGAACGUAAACAGAAAGUGAAAGAGAAGGAGAAAAUUAAAGAGAAAGAGAGGGAAGAACCGACUGCGUUAGAGGUGGAGGUGAGGCCGUGGAAUCUCAGGACGAGGCGUGCCGCUUGUAAGGCUCCGAUUAACGGAGGGGAAACGAACAACAACCAUAGUUCUUUGAUGAAAAAUGGGGUGAUUAAGUCACCCAGAGUAAGAGACAGAGGACUGUCGGUGGCAUCGUCGGCGGUAGCAGCGGCGGCAGCCGAGAAGAAAAAGCUACGACCGAAAUUCUCGGUUUCGCUAUCAAAGAAAGAGAUUGAGGAGGAUUUCAUGGUGAUGGCUGGGCACCGCCCUCUUAGAAGGCCAAAGAAACGGGCACGUUAUGUUCAGAAGCAAUUGGAUUCGUUGUUUCCUGGAUUGUGGCUGACAGAGGUGACGGUGGAUUCUUACAAGGUUCCUGAGUUAAUUGAAAACGGCAACAGGUAGUAACGGGUGUUGCAAAAAGCUGUAAGAAAAAGUUUGAAGGCAUUUAUUUGCUGACUGACGGUGAUUUUGUGACCAUAACUAGUGGUAUACAGUGGUACUAGUAAAAAAGUUGAAUUUCUUGUAACUUUCUGGUGUAGGUUCAGUUGCUUUGAAAUGCUACUUUUUGUUUUAUUAUUAUUAUCCAUCUUCAUUCAUUGUUCUUUCUCUCAAGCUGAAUAAUCUUGUAUAAAGUAAGCUGAAUAGUGCCUUUUCAAUCGAAGAGAACGGUUCUUCCAUGAGCUUGAUUUUCUGAUGACAAUUGUUGAAUGGAAUAUAGUAUUUGUCUUUUGAUUCUGUGUUGUGUUGCUACACUUGAGAUUGCACCGUUCGGUAGGAGUUGCUAAACUAGUAAAUUCCUAGCAAUUUCAUUUACUGUGUUCGUUGGUGUUUUUUUGGAACAAGUAAGAACUGCAGUAAUGAGAAACAAA